CUUGCAGAUCUCCACAACCACACGUCUCGCAACAUGGAUAUCUCGGAUCUCGACAAGAUCAAGGACAGUCUACAGAAGGACCUAUCCAUGGCCUCGCACUCAGACUUUAGAGGUCAUUGCGAGAGGUGCGGCGAGCCUGUCCUCAACGAUACUGGACCUGGAGUCUCCUACAGCCAGGACAACAUCUCGCAUUCUUUUCACCGCAAAUGCUUCCUAUGCGCCGGUUGCAACAAUUCUAUCGUAGACGAGUUUUUCAUGCAUGGAGACAAACCUCAUGGCAAACCUUAUUGCAAAGCGUGUUAUGAGAAGCUUCUCGGCUCGUGUUCAAAAUGUCAACUUAGUCUGAUUGGCUCGGAGAUAAUACUAGCUGGUAAAAGUGCAAAGUUCCACCCACAGUGCUUCCUGUGUUUUAAAUGCAAAAGUCCGCUGCAAGCGCGAUACUUUCAACAAGAUGAUCAUCACUAUUGUCGGACAUGCUACGAGGAAAAGUUUACACCCGAAUGUGCACGGUGUACGCAAAAGAUCCUUCCAGAUCAAGCGUCGAAAAUCGCCAUGGUCGAGUGGAAGGAUAAGAAAUUUCACCAGGAUUGUUUCCGUUGCAAGAAGUGCGACACGCCAUUUACAGACCUGAAAGCGUUACAUCACAUUGGGGAGCUUUAUUGCGAGGCAUGCUACUUUGUGGUCAUUAAGGAAAUGGAUAUAUCGAUAGUCGCUGCAGAAAGCGGCGGCGCAGGGAAAGGGAAAAGGCCCUAAGUACCUGGCGAAAUCUGGGAGACGUUUCCGUAGCGGCAUCCGUAGAGGCUGUAGAGGCAUAACGAUUCAGGCAGGCUUGCAGAUCUUAGACGGCCUGCGCCACUAGUUCUUAUACC